AUGCCGCCAACGAAACGCAGGGCACCCAGCACCUCAAAGGAUGCAAGCACCAAUGGUGCCUCGCACGCGAGCAAGCGAGGCAGACUUGAUUUGACGGAACCGCAUCCCAAUUCCCAACAAGCCGAAGACUUCGGCAUUGUCCUUCGCGAUUUCUACUCACCGGAAAUGAGCAACGAGCGCUGCGAAGCCUACAAUAAUGGGACACUGGAGCGUCCAAUUGAGACUCUGCAGAAGGCUUAUGAAGCAACAAUGGACGCGAGGCAGUCGAUUCGACCCAAUAACGCCGUGGUACAUUGGUUCAAGUCGGACCUACGACUACAUGACAAUCGGGCCCUGCGCAUGGCCUACGAGGUGGCGCGAGAUAACAAGAUCCCGCUCAUCUGCCUGUACAUUCUCUCGCCGGAAGAUUUCACGGCUCAUCUUACCAGUCCAGCUCGCGUCGAUCUUACGCUCCGGACAUUGGAACAGUUGAAGCGGGACCUAGGUGAGCUUGAUAUUCCGCUGUACAUGGAGACGCAGGAUAGGCGCAAAGAAAUCCCAAGUCGCAUCCUUGAUCUGUGUGAACGGUGGGGCGCCAAUCAUCUGUUCGCGAAUAUCGAGUACGAAGUCGAUGAACUGCGGCGAGAUGCCAGGUUGGUGAGACUCUGUGUGGACAAGGGCAUCAAGUUUGAAGCGGCCCACGAUACUUGCGUCGUAACGCCAGGUUCCCUCAGCAGUCAACAAGGAAAGCAGUACGCUGUGUACAGCCCGUGGUAUCGCACGUGGCUAGCCUUUUUGAAAGAGAACCCCGAGUAUCUGGAGAUCGUGGAAGAGCCGGGGUCUAAUCCUGGAAAUGCCCGAAAACAUUUUGGAGAUCUGUUCGACAGCCAGGUACCUGCGCCACCUACCAAUAAGCGGCUGUCCGAGGAAGAGAAGUCGCAUCUUCACAAGUUAUACCCGGCCGGUGAGCAUGAAGCUCUCCGCCGUCUUGAGGAGUUUCUGGAAGAGAAAGCAAAGUCAUACGACAAUAUGCGAAACUUUCCGACUGGACAGCAUACCUCUGUACUUAGUCCAUACUUUGCCUCCGGUGCAUUGAGUGCCAGAACUGCGGUAUCUAUGGCGAGACAGGCCAACGGGAAUCAACUGGAUCGCAAAGAGCCCGGGUAUGUUUCAUGGAUCAGUGAGGUUGCAUGGCGGGACUUUUAUCGACAUGUGCUCGUCCAUUGGCCUUAUAUAUGCAUGAAUAAAUGUUUCAAGCCCGAGUUCACCAAUGCCGAGUGGGAAUACAACAAGGAUCAGUUCAACGCCUGGUGUGGGGGCAAGACGGGAUUUCCCAUCGUCGACGCAGCAAUGCGACAGCUGAAACAGGACGCCUGGAUGCACAACCGUACUCGCAUGAUCGUGUCUUCCUUCUUAUCGAAGGACCUCCUGAUUGAUUGGCGCCGCGGGGAACGAUAUUUCAUGGAGAACUUGAUCGAUGGGGACUUUGCGUCCAACCACGGGGGAUGGGGGUUUGGCUCCAGCACAGGCGUUGAUCCGCAGCCAUAUUUCCGUAUCUUCAACCCGUCUCGCCAGAGUGAACGGUUUGAUGCCGACGGCGAGUACAUCCGGCGCUGGGUACCGGAACUACGCGAUGUCCAGGGAUCAGCAAUCCAUGAGCCGUAUGAGCGAGGCGCAGGCGAUACUGCAAGGAAAAAUGGGUAUCCCAAGCCGAUUGUGAAACAUUCAGAAAGCCGAGAUCGGGCAUUGGAUCGGUACAAGAGAGCAUCGCAGACCAAAUGA